AUGCGCACACAAUCUCACCGAGGUGCUCUCAGGGUUGCGAUGCAGCGGUAUACAGCCCGUCCUGACUCUGAUUUGGUGCCUGAGGCGCAGGCCGCGACGGCCGCUUCCUCGACUGUCGAGGCUCUUCAGAGACUCAUAAGACAGACUCAGACGUCACUUCUAAGACUCAGGACGUCGCUAACGACGCUACCUGUAAAAUUCUUCUACUCGACAGUUCUGGAUGCAUUUCAACCAAAAGAUCACAUGGGCCUUUUUAGCGGCGAUCGAGUUCCAUUGUCCCCGACUGAGGGGGAUUGCUCGAGCGUGGCCGUAUGCAUCCGCUCGUUACUGCCUCUUGCGCAACAAUCCGAACGGCACAUCUUGGACCAAUCAAUAUUCAGCCUCCUGACCAUGUACCUGAGCCUUUUAACCAAGGAUCCGAAGCUGUCAGAAUUGGCCCGAGCCGCAUACACAUCAGCAGUUCGAGCAUUUCGCCUUUUCAUUGGAUCUCGAUCCCAGGCCGAGUUGGCCCAUCCACAAAAGAGCUACUGUCAGCUUUUCCUCGCUCUCUCUACAACGCUGCAGCUGUUCGAGUACGUGAAUGAUUUGGGAGAAACCGGAACAGGCUUCCUGACUCACCACGAGGGAAUGCUCCAGCUCCUCCAGAUAUCCGGACCCGAAGUAUACCAAUCACCUUAUCUACUUCAAUCCUUCUCGGGACUUCGCGGCAUAAUUAGACGGCGCCCCAAUUUCCUGUCCGAACCUAAAUGGAUAUACAUGCCGUUCUUUUGUCGCCCCAAGACAAGGAGGGAACUCCUUCACGACAUCGCGCUAGAGAUUCCCUCUCUAUUACAUCGAGCGGAUGACUUGAUCCCGUCGCUGCUGAAAAGUCCGCACGGAGAUCCGGGCCGUCUAGACGAUCUCUUGCAGAAAUUGAGAGUAGCGCAGGAACUAGUUGCCGACUUUGCAAAGGUCAAGUCUGAUCUUGAAGCAUGGUUGCACAACUUCAAGCAAUCAUGCUCACCUGCGCCCAUUUACUGGAGCACAGACACGGUCAUGGACAACCCCUAUUCCCACUCGGAUCCCAUGUGUACACCGAACCUCGAAGACCCAAAAUACCAGCUGAGAUUCCGUGACGGCCAAAAGGCCGGCGUGUUGAUCUGCUACUGGAGCUUCAUACUAGAGCUGCUGAUGAGCUUACUUGACGUGCAGAUCGCCGUUUCCACCCUGGCUGGGUCCGAGUCAGCCACCGAAGUAAAAGAUAUCACCAAGGCCAUGUGCGAGGACCUGGAUGCAAACCGUGCCGCAGCAGACGACAACGCCUUCUUGAUUUUGCAGUCAAUACCGUAUCUGACGUGUUGCCUGGAAGGUGUCUUUGUGACGCAGUCGCCGCUGAGCCUCGUUCAAAGAUACUUUGCUCGAUCGCACUCAUCUCAAGCCGUUACGAGGGGAUCGACAGAUGAUUGA